AUAAACUGCACGAUUAUACAUGGAGAACUUUUAUUUUCUCGCUCAAAAACAAUAGCUCUUUUUAUUGGAAUGAAAAUAAUUUAGUGCCCCAUAUAUGGGAACAGGAUUAAACGAAAAACGGCUUCACCUUACGGCCUAGUCGUUCGAUACCACAUUUCGAUACCAAUAGCGCCCAUACAAAAUUUGCGGCAAGAUAAUUCCUGCCAAAAUUAGCAACACGACAAAUCUAAUGAAGCGGUGCCUGCAAGAAGACCGAGCCGGGCCGUCAUCCUCUCUCUCUGCCACACCUGGAGGCUCCUUCCGCCACAGAGCGUCCUUCAACACGCCCACCACACACUGAAGGCAGCGGCGCUAAGAGUGGGAUUCUGACAGAGGAGGCCAAAGCUUCCUUUAAGAUCUGUUUGCUGUGGAGGACAGAGAUGACUGCCAUUAGCACUACAGAGACGAGUCAGACACGUAAAACACUACAGAUGAUUCCAUCUAUGCUGUCUUCAUGAGUCCAGUAACCUGUGAUGCUGUCUGAUGUGCCAGCACCAUCCACACCCUCAGAGCGUACAUUUUCUACUGCUGGGGACAUUAUCAGUCAGGAGCACUCUUGCUUGAAAAGCAGACUUGCUGAGUGAUUUAAAGAUUUUACGCAGCUGUGAGCCCCACAUACUGACGACAAACUGUUAAUUUCCAACUAAAAACUGUUUAAACUUUAUUAAAACCAUUAACACUAAUGUAUUGUGUUGGUUACACUUUGUUCCUUUUUGCUUUUUAAACAAAAAGAAAAAUUGGUAUCGAAAAAGGUAUCGUUUAGGAAUCGGUAUCGAAGUCAAGGUAUCGAAUCGAAAUCGAAAAUUUUGGAACGAUACCCAGCCCUACACAGUGCACCUCACGAACCCCCUGCAAUUCCCUCGUGAACCACCAGGGGUUCGCAAACCUUAGUUUGGGAAGCCCUGAAUUGGACCAAUCUACCUUUUUAAAAAUGAAAAUGGCAAGCAUGAUGUCAAAUGGAUCUCAGCUGUGUCGUCUGGUUGCUGUGGUGGCAUUUGUAGGUUUUGUGAUCUUGUUCUGGUUCUCAACUCUCAACAACUGUCCAUCACUUCAACAAGGUCAGCACACACAGAAAACACAGCAAAAAGAAAACACCACACCUGCUCCUGCUAAGGACGAGAAACCCAUACUGCUGUUAUGGUUCUGGCCUGAAGAUUUCCGCUUUAGCCUGAAUGACUGUAAAACUAUUUUCAAUAUCGACAGUUGCCUUCUGACGGAUGACAGAUCUCUUUACAGCACUGCAGACGCUGUCCUCAUCUACCACAAAUCCAUUAGCUGGGACCUGUCCAACCUUCCACCAUCUCCUCGUCCCCUGUUCCAAAAGUGGAUCUGGUUUAAUCUCGAAUCGCCCACAAACACAGCAAGAAAACCAGGUAUUGAAAACCUGUUCAAUCACACACUCAGCUACAGACAGGAUGCUGACAUCUUCACGCGGUUGUCCUUGACCAUCAACAAAACUCCGAAUGAGAAUUUCACAAUUCCUAAAAAGGACAAACUGGUCUGUUGGAUCGUAAGUAACAAUGCUGCCAUAACAGGUGUCGACGCGAGGAACGCUUACUACAAUGAACUUAAAAAGCAUGUCUAUAUACAUAUGUUUGGAAAAGCUUACGGAACGUUCCUGGAUCACAAAGACUAUUAUCCCACCAUAGCCAGCUGCAAAUUUUAUCUGUCUUUUGAGAAUUCCAUCCACAAGGACUACAUCACGGAAAAGUUUAACGGACCUCUGUCAGCAGGUACUGUACCUGUGGUGCUGGGACCUCCCAGAAAGAACUAUGAGAACUUUGUACCGCGUGACGCCUUCAUUCACGUGGACGACUUCCCAGACGCAAAGUCACUGGCAGAAUAUCUGACGCAGCUGGACAGAGAUGAAGAUGCGUAUCGCAGGUACUUUAACUGGAGGAGACAUUUCUCAGCACAACCUCAUUUACUGCUGCAACAAGAGUUUGAUCUGCCCAUCUGCGACGCCUGUGAAUACAUAGCAACACACAAGCAUUAUAAAGAAAUUCACGAUCUCUAUGAAUGGUAUCACAAAUAAUAGCCCCUCAAAAGUCCAGUUGCCUGUGUAAUGGAUGAAAUACUGUAUAGUGAUAAAGACAUAAAAGAAAAUGAAUAAGCAUUGUGGAGAGGGCUAUGAAGAUCUGUGAAGACAAAUGAUGGACUAGAAACUUUUUGUAGUUAAUGCCAGACAAUCAUGCUUAUUGGGUUUCAAAUGGUGAAAGAAGAGAGUGAAAAGUGGAGGAAGUGAUGCCAGAAAAACAUGCUGGUACAAUACUGUGAAUCUACAGGUGUAUCCAGCUGGUUUAAACAAUAUUACGCUAUUUAUAUCUCCGAUUGGGUGAUUCUCAGAAACCACUGAAACAUCAUGGCAGUAAAGAUUUGAAUUAUAAAACAUAAAAUUUGGUAACACAAAAAAUGAUCACAAUAAAUAUAAUCGUGUUCUCCACCUUGGACAAAACAUCAUUUAUUAUUAUGUAUUUAUUGAAAAUGAAACUCUCAUAACGUAACGCGUUCCGAUUUGUCUAAGUGCAUUAUAUGUUGUAAUUUAAACAGAAAUAUUGAGGAAAAACAAUUGGAUGUUCUACGUAUGUUCUGAAAUGACAAAACAUGACACAGAAAGAUUGACAGAAUAUUCAUGUAUCAUAAAAAUGAAGAAAUAGUCGAAGAAAAGUGUUCAGAACUGAUAUUCUCAUCCUCUGUGAUGUUUUUUUAAAGACUGUUUAAACACGCACAACAACAUUUACAUUAAGUUUGAUUUUAUGUGAAGAAACACAUCUACUAGUACCUUUUAAAUGGCCAACAACACUAAAAAAAAUCUGUAAACUGGAAAAGCAGAAAUAUACCGUAAAUUAUUUUUUUCCUGUAAAAUUAUAGGAUAUAAGGAAAUAUAUAAAAUAUUUUCCCCGUUUUUCUUGUAAACUUGUUGUCUUUUUCUGUAAUUUUAUAGUUUUUGACUUUCCGAAAUUUUUUGGCAGCUGGGGGGCCAGAAAUAAACUGUAAAAUAACGUUUUUUCCCUGUAAAAUUACAUCCCUCCUGUUUUUCUUGUAAAUUUGCUGUCUUUUGCUGUAAUUAUACGGUUUUUGCCCGUAUUCAGUAAAAAAAAAAAAAACAGUAAAAUUUAGUUUUGUUUUUUUACGUGAAAAUCUAUAAAAAUGAACAGAAAAAAUUGGUAAAAUUACAGUUUUUUUUUACAGUGAAUGUAAACAAAUUACAUUAUAUUUUUCAAGUUAAAAACUUAAUUUUCUCUUGUCACGCUGUGUACACAACUUUUUUAUGCUCGUUAUGUCAUGAUUCUGCCUCAGGUCAGGUCUUUCUUGGUCUAGUUGCAGGAUCAUGGCAGAGCCUCAUGUUUUGUGUGGAGAGAGACAUAGUAUUGUUGUCAUGACAUAAUAUGCGCUCUCUCUGGUCUCGUCUAUGCCCCCCCCUCUCGUUCCCUCGUUUACCUUUCCAUCAGUGUUUCAUUCCCGACACCUGUUCCUUGUUAUUUACCCUUUGUUAGUCUCCCCUAUUUAAAGCCCUCUUUUGUCCUGUGUUCGUGCGUUCGUUUGACUCAUUCCCUGUUACCUUGUCUGCCUUGUUCCUGUCCUGGUCCAGAAAAGUGUGAGCUUUGUUGGUUUUGAUUCCGUUCUUGUUUUUGCCCCCUUGCGGGAAGUGUUUGUUUGCCUUGUUUAUUUUUCCCUUGGUUCCUGGUUUAUUUCCUGUUUUGCCCCCUCGUUGGUUUUUGAUUUAUGUAAUUAAAGUCUCUUUGUUAUUCCUAUACUGUUUGGGUUCUGUACACAAAUCCUGACACAUUAAAUACAAUACAGGUUGUUUUUCACAUUAAAAAAUUAUACAUGUAUAAUAUUCUACUAAAAUAUAAUUAAUUAAUCUCUUAUGUAUGAUUAAUAAAAACUUGCUUUUUAGCAAAACAUGCUAUGAAAUUGACAGUUUUAAAUGGUUUAAACGGUAAUGAGAAUUUUUAAGGCCUUUUUAUGUAAAAAUGUUUAAAAUUGUGUUUAAGGGUCAGUAAAAGUUUUGAAAUGAACGCCUUUAAACAUGCCAUAUCUUGUUUUAAAUUAAUACAAAGGGAAUUUGUUGAUACAAGUGUUAUUAAGAAAAUCAUGUUGACAUCUUGAAACCAAGAUUUCGUGAGAAUCGCCCGAUUACUAAAGUCUCCAAACAUCUCGGCGUGUCUUCAGACGCCUGACAUCACUCGCACAUGCCUUGCUGAACUUGACUUGAACUUUGCUUUUGUAUCGUAGAUUUUCUGUGGUUUGUUACAUUUCUUUAACCUGUGUUUAUCUGUCAGGGAUCCUGGAUUAAUGUGUCUAUGUUUUAUAAGCCUGUCUUUGGUAUACAGUUCAUUGCACAGCAAGAACAUCCGUGAACUACCAACUACCAAACACAGGAUUUUUUUACAAAGGGGUUUAAUGAAUCUUAAUUUGACUUCAAUUAUUUUGUAUUAGUUUAAGGUUAUAUGUUUUGUAAACUGCACAAAAUUGUUGGUUUAUUCAUGUCUCCUUUGCCCUUCAGUUGGUGCUUCAAGUGUGGUUUGAUUUUUUUCUUUAACUAUUUAAAGAUCAUUUCUAUUAAAAAAAAUCAUUUAAGACACGUGUUUUCUUUUGUGAGUUAUGUUGUGGAAUAAAAGCUUUGCUUGGCA